AUGACUGUUAUGCCACCAAAGAAACUCAAAGUUGCAUCACUUUGUGAGCUAUGCCACUCGAGGAAGGCGGUCAUGAAAAGACCAAAGAAUUUGAUGAAACUUUGUAAAGAAUGUUUUUAUAAUGUUUUUGAGACCGAGAUACACAACACGAUAACAUCAAGUAAUUUAUUUCAGCCAGGUGAAAAAGUGGCAAUAGGGGCUUCAGGAGGUAAGGACUCGACUGUUUUGGCAUCGAUACUCAAAACCCUAAAUGAAAGGUACGACUACGGUUUAACGCUUGUACUUCUCUCCAUAGAUGAGGGAAUUAAAGGUUAUCGUGAUGACUCUCUUGCAACCGUGAAGCGCAAUCAACAGCAGUAUCAAAUGGAACUAGAGAUUGUGUCCUAUAAAGAUUUGUACAACUGGACCAUGGAUGAAGUUGUUAGCUGCGCCGGUAUUAGAUCGUCAUGUACCUACUGUGGUGUUCUUCGGCGUCAGGCAUUGGAUAGAGGUGCUGCAAAAUUGGGGAUAAAUCAUGUUGUGACAGGACACAAUGCUGAUGACAUGGCCGAGACUGUUUUGAUGAACUUGCUAAGAGGGGACUCCAAUCGUUUAGAAGGUAGCACACGAAUAAUGACACAGUCAGCUGAAUCUCCCAUCAAGAGGUCAAAGCCAUUUAAAUACACAUACCAGAAGGAGAUUGUGUUGUAUGCUCAUUAUAAAAAAUUGGACUAUUUCUCAACCGAAUGCUCGUAUGCUCCGGAGGCAUUUAGAGGGACAGCCAGAGAGCUUUUGAAGGGGUUGGAAAGCAUACGACCUUCUUGUAUCAUGGAUAUCAUAUACAGUGGCGAACAUUUAGUGUUGUCAAAGAAAAAGAAGCAGACGGUGAAGUAUAAAAACAAAAAGGCAGAGGAAAUUGAGGUCCAUGCUGAUGGAUCCGUGUCAACAAAUAGGUGUGUCAAUUGUGGGUAUCUAUCGUCGAAUAAAAUUUGCAAGGCUUGUACCUUACUUCAAGGGUUGGAAAUGAGUCGACCCAAGUUGGCCAUCGACAGUGACGCUGAUGGGGCUGCAAAGAUCACAAAGACAUUAGAAGGACUUAGCUUUUAA